GGGCGGGGGAAUAUACAAAGUGAAGCCACAUUGCCAAACUUGCAGCAGCGAUUGCAGCAGUUGCUACCGCUGCGCUGCGCCUGAAGCCGCGCUGCGCGGGCCGAGGGCUCCUGCAGCUGCUCGCGCGGAGGCGGAGAAGGACGAGGACCGAGACUGACACUUCUGCUCCUGGCCGGCUGCCACUUACGCGGGGUCCCCAACCCAACCUCAAAGCAACGCGUUAAAAAAAAAAAAAAAAAAGCAGCCCUUAGCCCCCUCCUCCCCUUUCCUGCUUCUGCGAGAACUCCCUCCCUCCCUCCAGCUCGCCGGCCGAGGCGCCCCUUCCGUGGAAGCCGAGCGGCUUCGCUCGCAUUUCGCCGUCGCCGCCUCUCGCAAUAUUGCAAUAUAGGGGAAAAGCAGACCAUGGUGAACCCGGGCAGCAGCUCGCAGCCGCCCCCGGUGACGGCCGGCUCCCUCUCCUGGAAGCGGUGCGCAGGCUGCGGGGGCAAGAUUGCGGACCGCUUUUUGCUCUAUGCCAUGGACAGCUACUGGCACAGCCGGUGCCUCAAGUGCUCCUGCUGCCAGGCACAGCUGGGCGACAUCGGCACGUCCUGUUACACCAAGAGCGGCAUGAUCCUUUGCAGAAACGACUACAUUAGGUUAUUUGGGAAUAGCGGUGCUUGCAGUGCUUGCGGACAGUCGAUUCCUGCGAGUGAACUCGUCAUGAGGGCGCAAGGCAAUGUGUAUCAUCUUAAGUGUUUUACGUGCUCUACCUGCCGGAAUCGCCUGGUCCCGGGAGAUCGGUUUCACUACAUCAAUGGUAGUUUAUUUUGUGAACAUGAUAGACCUACAGCUCUCAUCAAUGGCCAUUUGAAUUCACUUCAGAGCAAUCCACUACUGCCAGACCAGAAGGUUACAUCUCAAGUUUGUUGCUGGUUUUAUACCAUUUCUUUCCCUGAGAUAGCAACGUAUGAACAAUGAUUGUUACAGCUCACCCACGUACAUGGUGAGAAUUGAAGACUGUGGAGGCAAAAUGCAAAAUGGAACCCGAUGGUGAAGCACUGAACACAGGCAAUGGCAGUGUUAGCUAGGGAUGAAGUGCAAAGGACAUCUAAGAAAUACGAGCAGGGUCUCAGUCCCAUAUUGCUGAAUACAAGAUGACGUAAAUUUAGAGGCAUUAGGGAGGGAAACUGCAGAAAAAUCUCUUACGUGUUCACAUGGUUAUGUAUAUGGUUCCUUUUCGUUUAUGUCUUCUAUUUUUCAGAAUGGAAGAGGUAGAGUUCAUUUUGGAACAUUAAAUAUAUCUUAGGCAGUGAAUAAGAACCUACUGAUGUAUAUUUUCACAAGGUUAGGAGCCAAAAAGAGACAGGUGGCUUUUGAAAAUUAAUAGCUCUUAAAAGGCGUAAGGAAAUAUAACUUAAGGAUAUGUUCUUGUCAGACAUUGGUGAGAAGCUGUGUUUUGGGGGGGAUGUUAAUUAAGAACAUUUCCCUGUUGGCAUAAAAUGUCUCACAUUUUUGCCCUUGGUGCUCAGCUCACCAUGAACACAGUUAAUUCACAAGGUAGUUUUUGUAAAUAAAGGUUUUGGGCAAGCUGAACGUGGUCCAGGGAGAUAUUAAUGAGAGGGCAAGGGGGAAGAGUUAAUGAAAACACACUUCCUGGUAGAACAUAAACUGCUUUUUGGACCUGGAGAAUGCUUUAAAAUUAUUUUCCCAAAACCCUGUGGCAUUUCAUUUCUGGAGGAGAUGCAAUAGGGAGAAAUGACAAAUAGCUCCAUUUUAUUAUUUUCUUCUUUCUUGUUCUCCAUAUUUUUGGUAGGGAAGAUUGGACAUUUAUUUUGACUGUUUUCUUUCUGCGCACAGAACCGAUUACAUUUCUAGCGCGUGACGCAUUAUAAAUAUACCCAAGUAUCCUCUGGCCUACACAUGAUGAGUUGGUUAUUUGUACAUCCCUUCUUUGAAGGCAGCUAAUUGUAUGGAAAGUAAUAGGCACUUGUCAUCUAGUCCCUUUAAACUUUUAUCCUGCUGAAAUGUGUUCCCAGCAUUUGGGGUGUGUAGUUGUUGUUCUGCAUUAUUUAGCUUUUGUAUAUUCUGAGAAAAAUAACUAAGCUUUUAAAUCGCAUAGUCCCUUGACUGAAAUCUCAGACCACUGUGUUCAAGGAUCUACAAAAUUUUAUAGCCUGUGUCAUUUAAAGGAAGCUGGCUGUCCUCAGGAGAACAUUACUAGAGCUAUGUAAAUACAAUCAGGAAUUGUGGCCACAUUUUUUUUGUAGAUUUUUGUCUGCUGUGAAAUUCUUUUUUCCACUCAAAAGUGUAGGCACCAUCUAGAAUUAUCUGUGUUUUUCAGUAGAAAUUAGAGAUCAGAUGCGUUUAGUUGGAGGAAAAUUUAUUGAGGGUACUAGUUUACAUAGCACUCUGUAGCUCCCCCGUAGUUAUAUAAUCGGUGUUGUGUGUGUCCAUCGCAGAGUACAUUUGAUGCUCAUUUAUUAAAUAUGCUCGCUGGCUGCUACCGCAUCUUUGUUCUGGACAGACAAAUUACCUUUCUCACACUGAGCUUCCACUCUGGGGAAUUAAGCCUCCACUGCUUUAAUUAGCUUGGAAGUGGGGGGCUGCAGUUCCUAAUAGACUUCAGGCUUUUAGUAAGUUAGGGAAAGGGUGAAAAGAGAACUUUCUGGGAAGCUCAAAAUGUCAUUUAAAAACCGUAAAAACCUAAUAUAUAUAUAUGUGAUUUCAUUUUGGUAAUUGCAAACAGAUUGUAUUUGAAGACUGUAUGGAUUAUCAUUUUUAACUUAGACAUUAAAGUUAGACUGCUGUUGAACUCUGUGCUCUCUAAUUGAUGCAUGAUCAACACAGUACAUGUGUUUGAUUCAUAUAAUUACAAUAUUUAUGUAACAUUAAGUGACAUCAAAAACCCGUUGCCAUCAAGUCAAUUCUGACAAUAGCAACCCUGUGAGACAGAGUAAAACUGCCCAAUCCCAUAGGCAGAUAGGAAAUGUUAAGUGAAAAAUUAGAUGUGAUAAUCAGAAAAAUAAUACCUGAAUUAUUCACACAUGUAGUUUUUUAUAGGUAAGUACGUGUAGGUAGAGAAAGACCCAGGUGAGUAGAUGUCACAUGGGAAUAUCAGAAGUAAAUACUAAUGAUAACUGCCAGUAUUUUUUGAGCAUUUUAGUAUGUGCUGGGCCCUGUUGUAGGUAUUCCAUGUGUAUUACUGUAAUCAUAACAACCUUAUUAUCUUCUCUUUAAUGAUAAGGAAACUGAGGCACAGGGCAGUUUGAGUACAUUGCCAAAGGUCACACAGUUGAAUGUAUUAACCCAAAACUUGCUGUGGGAAGGGUCUUGAUUAUGAAUGUGCUCUUAAAAAAAAGUCCAAGAUAUCACUACUAGGCAAGAACUUUAUAAUUCAUUCCUUUUGGAAAGAAACUUGCUGGUAACAGAGUCAAGCAAUUCGUUGUAGAACUUUAUACUAGAAACUUCUUGAAAGUCUAUUUAUUGUCUCAUUUUCUCUGCUAGUAAAACUGCAGAAAAUGUUAUGCUUUAGUUCUUCACUGCCAACGUAGCGUAGAAAGGCUCCAUCAAGUCACAGUUGGAGAAUAAUAAAAAAAGAUUAGAGAAUGUAGAGAAGACAAAAGCAGGCAUGUUUGAGUUUAAUCUCUCUCAAAUUUAGCGUUUUAGCUAAGAUGCCCAUUUUUAUUUC